AAUCAUACGAGCAGAAGUGAUACCCCACCACCGUCGAAAAAAAUGAGACAAGAGGAUCAACAACAGCUAUCAACAUCAGAAGAACUAUUGCAAGAGCUCCGAUUGAAGGCCAACGAGCUUCUCCUCCGUGAAGAAUGGCAAGAGUCCGUGCAAGUCUAUACUCAAUUCAUCAAUCUUUGCCAAGACCAGAGCUCAAACACCAAUCAACACUGCCCAAACACAGAUCAAAACAUCAAGCUCCAGAAAUCUCUCUGCUUAGCCCUCUCCAAUCGAGCUGAAGCACGGUCCAGGCUUAGGGAUUUCACUAAAGCACUAGAAGAUUGUGAUCAAGCAUUGAAAAUCGAGAAUACCCAUUUCAAGGCUCUUCUCUGCAAAGGAAAAAUGUUGCUCUGUUUAAACAGGUACUCUAUGGCUUUAGAUUGCUUUAAAACAGCUCUUCUUGAUCCACAGGCUAAUGGGAAUCUUGAAACCCUAAAUGGGUAUAUUGAGAAAUGCAAGAAACUUGAAUAUCAAUCAAGGACUGGAGCUUUUGAUCUUUCAGAUUGGGUGCUAAAUGGGUGUCGCGGGAAGUUCCCGGAGCUCGCUGAAUACAUUGGCCCAGUGGAGAUCAAGCGGUCUGAGUUUAGUGGGAGAGGCCUGUUUGCAACAAAGAACAUUGACGCAGGAACAUUGGUGUUAGUGAACAAAGCAAUUGCAAUAGAAAGAGGCAUAUUGUCCAGCGAAGAUUCAGGUGAAAAUGAACAGUUGAUGAUGUGGAAGAAUUUCAUUGAUGAAGUUGUAGAAUCCACCAAAAAGUGUGGAAGAAUCCAAAACUUACUGAGCACAUUGUCGACUGGAGAAGAAGAAAACGAGCUUGAGAUACCUGAAAUGAGCCUGUUUAGGCCAGAGGCAGAUGAUAUCAAUAGCAAAUCAAAUGAAGAGCUUGACAUGGAGAGAAUGUUGAGCAUACUGGAUGUGAAUUCUCUUGUUGAGGAUUCAGUUUCAGCAAGUGUUUUGGGGAAGAACAAGGACUAUCAUGGUGUUGGGUUAUGGAUCCUAGCUUCAUUCAUCAACCAUUCAUGUCAUCCUAAUACUAGGAGAUUGCAUGUAGGGGAUUAUCUAUUAGUUCAUGCUUCAAGAGAUGUGAAGGCAGGAGAAGAGCUCACAUUUCCAUAUUUUGAUGUGCUUAAACCAAUAGACAAGAGAAAGGAAAUGUCAAAGACAUGGGGUUUCAAUUGCCAUUGCAAGAGAUGCAAGUUUGAAGAAGAAUUGUGUUCAAAGCAAGAGAUGAAGGAGAUUGAGAUGGGGCUAGAGAGAGGAGUAGAGCUUGGUGGGGCAAUUUUGAAACUAGAAGAAGGAAUGAAAAGGUGGAAAGUGAGAGGAAAAGAGAAAGGGUAUUUGAGGGCAGCAUUUUGGGUAGCAUAUAGUGAAGCAUAUGGGUCAGAGAAGAUGGUGAAGAGAUGGGGAAGAAGGAUUCCAAGUGUUGAUGUAGUGGUGGAUAGUGUUGCAGAAGCAACAGGAAGUGAUGAGAGAGUAGUGAAAGUGUUGAGGAGAGGUGAUAAUGAGGUGGAGAUGGAGAGAGUAAUGAAAUUGGGGAGAGGAAUUUAUGGAAAAGUUGUAAAGAAACAAGCAAUGAAGUCUCUUCUUCAGCAUUGUGUCUAUCGACUAAGCUAUUAGGCUAAAAUAGCUAACCAAGAAAAGGGUGUGUUUUUUUUUAAAUUAAAUUUUGUAAUUAAUUUUUUCGUCUUUGGAUGAAUAUAGAAUUCGUCCUAGUGUAUGAAUCGCAAUCAAUCAACUGAUUUGAUAUUAAAUUUGA